AUGAAGUUCUCGGCUGUUUCGCUAUUUGCGGCUUUCGCUAUAGCCUCUCCUCUUAACGAUGUCGUUGCACGCAAUAGCAUUGCUCGAAGACAGGCCGCUGAGGCAUGCUCUAUCGGCUACUGCACCCUGAACGGCGGAACGAAAGGUGGCGCCGCGGGUAAGACCGUGACCGUAACCGAUGUCGAUAGCCUCACCAAGGCAGCUAAACAGGAAGGCCCUCUCACUAUCAUCGUCUCUGGUGCCAUCUCCGGCUCUGCCAAAGUACGCGUCUCCGCCGACAAGACUAUUUAUGGAGAGAAGGGUAGUUCUCUUACCGGUGUCGGUCUAUACAUUCGCAAAGUUAAUAAUGUUAUUAUCCGUAACAUGAAGAUCUCUAAGGUCCUAGCUAAGAAUGGCGACGCCAUCGGCAUCGAUGCAUCAUCAAACGUCUGGGUUGACCAUUGCGACCUAUCCGGUGACCUAAAACUCGGCAAAGACGAUCUUGACGGACUACUCGAUAUCUCGCACGGAUCUGAGUGGGUUACCGUGUCGAACACAUACUUGCAUGAUCAUUGGAAAGCGUCAUUGAUCGGUCACUCGGACAGCAACGCCAAGGAGGAUAAAGGAUCCCUUCACGUCACUUAUGCCGGCAAUCACUUCUUUAAUACGUAUAGUCGGGCACCUCUAAUCCGCUUCGCAACCGUGCAUAUCGUCAACACAUUCUGGGACUCAUUGAUCGGAACUGGUGUCAAUACCCGGAUGGGCGCUCAAGUUCUGAUUCAAAGCUCUGCCUUCAAGAAUAGCGCUAAGAACGCAGUCUUCUUCGCUGACUCUAAGGAAACUGGCUUUGCCGUCCUCGACGAUGUCAAUCUUGGAGGCUCGCAGAACUCAGCACCAGUCGGCACUCUGAAGGCUAGUUCGCUGCCGUACCCCCCUAUCAAGGUGCUGGGUUCCGCUGCCGUUGCUAAAACCGUGCCCGGUACUGCCGGACAGAAAUUGUAA